AAUAUGCCAUUCAAUGGGAAAAAAUGGUUCCUUGCAGACAUUCUCGGAAAUAUGCUGAGUCGAUUUCUUAAUCACUUGAAUUUCCUUCUGCUUUUUAUAUAAAGUCUAUAUAUAUAUAUUUCAGCAUAUUCACAUGCGUGGUUUUCCUUCUUCCUUAGCUCUCUCUCUCUCUCUCUCUCUCUCUCUCCUUUCUUCAUUAAGUUGGAUCUUACAAACAGAAGAGCCUGCAAUUUCUGAAUCAGGAUAGGUGACAAAUAUUUCAGAAGAGUAUCAUGGGAUCCGACAAACAUCCUGUUGGUUUACUUGAUACUCUAAACAUGGAGACAGUCAGGACUAUUUUCACCCACACAUACCCAUAUCCCCAUGAGCAUUCGCGGCAUGCCGUCAUUGCUGUUUUUAUAGGCUGCCUGUUUUUCAUAUCGUCAGAUAAUAUGCAUACGCUUAUUCAGAAGCUCGACAGCAAUAUUAAGUGGUGGUCGAUGUAUGCCUGUUUGCUCGGGUUCUUCUAUUUCUUUUCUUCUCCAUUUAUAGGCAAGACUAUAAAACCAAGUUAUUCUAACUUCAGUCGCUGGUAUAUAGCCUGGAUAUUGGUGGCUGCAUUAUAUCAUCUUCCUAGUUUUCAAUCAAUGGGAGUUGAUUUGAGGAUGAAUCUUUCUUUGUUUUUGACAAUCUAUGUAUCUUCCAUUUUGUUUCUUCUCGUAUUCCACAUUAUUUUCAUUGGGCUCUGGUAUAUCGGUCUCGUUGCUCGUGUGGCUGGCAGGAGACCUGCAAUUCUGACAAUUCUUCAAAAUUGUGCGCUGACUUGUAGCGGUGGCUCGUGUGCAGAAUCACCAGCUGAAAUUUCUCCAAUAUAUUCACUAUGGGCCACUUUUAUAGGCCUCUACAUUGCCAAUUAUGUUGUCGAAAGAUCGACAGGAUGGGCCCUUACUCACCCCGUGUCGCAAAAAGAAUUUGAGAAGUUGAAAAAGAAGCAAAUGAAGCCUGACUUCUUGGAUAUGGUCCCUUGGUAUUCAGGGACAUCUGCUGAUUUAUUUAAGACAGUCUUUGACCUGCUGGUAUCAGUGACGGUGUUUGUUGGGCGUUUUGACAUGCGUAUGAUGCAGGCUGCAAUGAGUAGGGUUGAAGAUGGAGCGAAGCAAGAAGAUCUUUUGUACGACCAGUUCAGUGAGGACGAUGAACUUUGGUUUGACUUUAUGGCGGAUACUGGUGAUGGUGGAAAUUCUUCGUAUAGUGUGGCACGGCUUCUUGCUCAGCCAUCAGUUAGAAUUCGGAGUAAUGAUUCUCUGGUUACACUGCCACGUGCUAACCUGCUCCUUAUCGGGGGUGAUCUUGCGUAUCCUAAUCCAUCAACAUUUACAUAUGAGAGACGCCUUUUCCGUCCUUUUGAAUAUGCUCUUCAGCCUCCUGUCUGGUAUAAAGAGGAGCAUAUAGCUGUGAACAAACCAGAAUUGCCUUGUGGGGUGUCAACACUUAAGCAGUAUGAUGGGCCUCAGUGCUUCCUCAUACCUGGAAAUCAUGAUUGGUUUGAUGGGCUUCAAACAUUUAUGCGGUAUAUUUGCCACAAGAGCUGGUUAGGCGGAUGGUUUAUGCCUCAAAAGAAGAGCUAUUUUGCCCUUCAGCUACCAAAAGGAUGGUGGGUCUUUGGUCUUGACCUUGCUCUCCAUUGUGAUAUUGAUGUCUACCAAUUCAAGUUCUUCUCGGAACUGAUUAAGGAAAAGGUAGGGGACUAUGAUUCUGUGAUUAUCAUGACCCAUGAACCUAAUUGGCUUCUCGAUUGGUACUGGAAUGAUGUGACUGGGAAGAACAUCUCACACCUGAUACGUGACCAUCUAAGAGGGAGGUGUAAGCUUCGAAUGGCUGGGGACUUGCAUCAUUACAUGCGUCAUUCAUACAUUCCAUCAGAGAAGCCUGUAUACGUGCAGCAUUUGCUUGUUAAUGGUUGUGGUGGGGCUUUUCUGCAUCCGACUCAUGUCUUUAGUGGUUUUAACAGUUUAGAUGGGGUAUCUUAUGAAAGCAAGGCAUCUUAUCCAUCUUUUGAAGACUCAAGCAGGAUUGCUUUAGGAAAUAUACUGAAGUUUCGGAAGAAAAAUUGGCAGUUUGACUUCAUUGGUGGCAUUAUAUACUUUAUCUUGGCCUUUUCCAUGUUUCCACAGUGUAAGCUAGAUCACAUUCUACAGGACGACACUUUUUCUGGUCACUUAAAGAGCUUCUUUGGCACAGUAUGGGAUGCUUUUGUGUAUAUGCUCGGAAGCUCAUAUGUAUCCUCAGCUGGGGCUUUCUUUCUUCUAGUUACUGCUAUUACCUUUGUGCCCUCAAAAGUGUCUCGAAAGAGGAAAGUAAUAAUCGGCAUUCUCCAUGUUUCUGCACACCUGUCGGCUGCCUUGAUUCUGAUGGUGCUCUUGGAAUUGGGCAUUGAGACAUGCAUUAGACAUAAAUUGUUGGCAACUUCAGGUUAUCACACUCUGUAUGAAUGGUAUCGAUCUGUGGAGAGUGAGCAUUUUCCUGACCCAACUGGCCUACGGGCGCGUAUUGAGCAGUGGACGUUUGGCCUUUAUCCAGCGUGCAUUAAGUAUCUGAUGUCUGCAUUUGACAUUCCAGAGGUAAUGGCCGUCAGCCGGAAUAAUAUCUGCAAAAAUGGGAUGGAUUCACUUUCCCGAGGAGGGGCUGCAAUAUAUUAUGCCUCCGUCUUUCUUUAUUUCUGGGUCUUCUCCACUCCCAUAGUCUCGUUGGUCUUCGGAAGCUACCUUUAUGUCUGCAUCAAUUGGCUCCACAUACACUUUGACGAAGCCUUCUCAUCCCUCCGCAUUGCUAACUACAAGUCAUUCACUCGGUUCCAUAUAAACCUGAAAGGUGAUCUUGAAGUCUUCACCCUUGCAGUAGAUAAGGUACCGAAAGAGUGGAAGCUCGAUCCAAGUUGGGAAGGUGAAUCGAAACUGCCGCAAAACCUCAGCCACAGGAGAAAAUUUCCGAGCAAAUGGCGAUCGGCUUCAUCUCAACAAGAUCCUCUUAACACUGUAAGGAUUGUUGACCAAUUUGUUAUUGAAAAAACAGUAGAACCAGAAUUCUCAUCUGUUAAUGGAUCAGUAACUCAUUGAUCUGUGGAGUUUGAUUACUUGAGUUGUAAGCAUUUAGACAAAGAAAAAGAAAAAAGAAAAAUAGGGUAGGAAAGUGUACAGAGUAUAUGUAGAAUGUAAAGAAGCAAAGAGGUAAAGAAUACUGUUUUUGUGUUAUCUUUGUUGAUCCAACAUGAUUAGCUAAAGUUCUAACCAGGGUUUGUUCAUUUUC